UCUUGCAAUGUGUAUUUCAAAAUUAAAAGAGUUCAUUCGGGACUUCGAGGUGAUUAAGCAUAGCUCCUCGUUCCUGAAGCUAAAAUUUGCGGGCCUGACUGCUGGAAUGCAAUGGAAAUAAAGUCGAAGGUGCCUGCAUUUUGAUGGUACUUUGGACCACAGGCAAUAUUCGCUCCCGUUCGGGCGACUGCCCGAUAGGCUUUGGUCCUCUCUGGCUCCCACUGUCUUUUGCUACGUAGUGUAUUGCAUUCUUCUUGUUCACUUUGUUUGCUCGAUUGUAGGAUUUCUAAGCUUUUCGCGUUUGCCGUCCCUUAUUAUGCGUUUAGGGUUAUUUGCGGAGGAAGCGGGUGUGGAUUAUCAAAUUUGAAUUUGGAAGAGGGGUUCGAUUGCUGGAUCUCGGAAGAUUUUUUGGUCCCGAGGAUGCACAUUCUCUCUGUUUCAGUUGAUUAUUUUCUUUUCUUUCAGCGAAAAAGAAGAUUUUUUUCAGAAAUCUACCUUUGUUAAUAACUGAUUUGGCUAGCAUCCACUAAGCGCAAGUGAAGAUUUUUUGGACCAUAUAAGUGCUGAGUAACAUGGUGAAGCUAGAAGACGGCACAAAUAGUGACGGUGCUCCAAAUGGUGAGGCUGGGGUUGAUUCUUCAAUCGAUGCUGGUUCCUCUGGCUUAAUAAGACCCUGCUCUGUACCUGUUGUAGUAAAGGAGGAAAGUCUUCCAAGCUCUUCUUGCAGUCAUUUCAAAUCAUAUCUUGUUGGAAUGGGUUUUUCAUCUAUUCUUGUUGAUAAAGUGAUCGAGGAAAAUGGGGAGGAUGAUGUAAAUAUUCUAUUGGAAGCUCUCCUUGCACAGUCCGUUCAUUCAAAAUCAAGUCCAGCAUCAGUGUCUUUAUCUGAAUAUUCUAGAACUAUUAAAGAAGAAGAAAGUUCUUUCGAGUUUUUAUCAGAUGAUUAUCUGGAUGAGAAGGAUGAUGAUUCCGACUCACAUAUUGAUAUGGAGAAGAGAUCUUAUUUAUUGAUGAUGGAUUUUACACAGAAAGAGAUAGAUUUGGCUAUAACUCGCCUAGGUGAAAGUUCUUCUUUAGCGGAGCUUGUGGACUUCAUCAUUGCUUCUCAAAAUGGAGGGUCCUAUGAAAACAAAGGAAUGCUGGGAUCAGUUACUAAUGACAAUGAAGACGAGGCUUCUACUACUGAAGCUCUCUUUGGAACAAUGGAUAGGACGCUCUACCUACUUCGAAUGGGCUUCACUGAAAAUGAAGUAUCUUCAGCAAUUGCUAACUUUGGUUCGGAUGCUUCUCUCGAGAAACUUGCUGAUUCAAUUUUGGCUAGCCGUUUGGCUUCUCAAGUUAAACAAGAGGAUUUUUCAAAUGAUGACAUUUAUUUCUCACCUGAAGAACUGAAAGAAUUCGAGCAGCUUGGCUCUGUAAAAGAAGAAAAUCCAGUAGAUUAUUCAUUUGUCCCUCAAUCUAGGCUAAAUAACACGUCUCAUUCAAACAGUACCUCUGAUGAUUAUGAGGACAAUAGAAUUCAGAAAAAACCCAAGUUUGUACAUGCAGAUGGGUCCGGAACUUCAUGGAGCCAAUGCCAGGAUGCGGAACGAUUUCAAUUUCCAUCAACUGGGCGGGGAAGGAAUACCGAUUACCCUGAACUCCAUGGCACAACAGAAGCAGCAUCUGUAAAGAAAGAGCUACCUGAUCAUGUGCCACGCAAUCUUAGCGGCCGCUUUCAGAAUAUGGAUUCUAAGUCUCCCUUUUUCUUCUAUGGAAAUGUUGCUGAUGUCUCCCAAGACACUUGGAGGAAACUUUCACAAUUUCUUCAUGGAACCCAACCUCAGUUUGUAAAUACCCAGUUCUUUUCAGCCUUGAUCCGUAAGGAAGGCUAUCUUCACAAUCUCCCCACAGAAGGCAGGUUCCAUAUAAAUCCCAAGUCGCCAAUGACAAUUGAAGAUGCCUUGCCACACACAAAGAAAUGGUGGCCAUCAUGGGAUACAAGGAAGCAUGUAGCUUGCAUAAAUUCUGAAACCGUAGGAGUUUCUGAGCUUUGUGACCGUCUUGGAAGUGUAAUGGGGUCUUCACAAGGAAUGAUUUCCAAAGAACAGCAGAUGGAUAUCUUUCACCACUGCAAAGCCAUGAAUUUGAUUUGGAUUGGUCCCAACAAGCUAUGCCCUAUGGAACCUGAGCAUUUGGAACAAAUCUUAGGCUACCCGAGGCAUCACACGGAUAUCUGGGACUUGGAGCUACCUGGUAGGCUCAAUGCGCUAAAAUACUCGUUUCAAACCGAUACAAUCGGUUAUCACUUAUCAGUCUUGAAGAGUAUUUAUCCAGAUGGUUUGAGGUUGCUCUCCAUUUGUAGUGUGAUUGGUGGUGCUGAAGUUGCCUUGUAUAGGCUCGGCAUCCGUCUUAGAUGUGUCGUAUCAAUUGAAGCAUCAGAGAGCAACAGAAAGAUCUUAAAGCAAUGGUGGAACAACACUGGCCAAUCUGGAGAGCUAAGACAGAUUGCCGGUGUUGAGAAACUGACUAUUCGGCAGAUCGAAGGUCUAAUCAAAGAAUUUGGUGGCUUCGACGUUAUUGUCGGUGGUAAUCCUGGUUUUCUUCCUACUUCAGGUUCAAGUAGGGACAGUUUGGUAGGAAUGGAUCUGAAUCAUUUCUAUGAAUUUACCCGUGUUCUUCAACGAGUGAGAAGCGUAAUGGGAAGAAUCCCGGCAUCAGCUGGAAGAAGGAACUGAUGCCUGGUUAUUGCUCAUUUUGAUCCUCUUUUAGUAGAUCAAAUUUAAAUAAAUGGUGUGAAGUUCAGACAUUGUGUCAUUUUGUUAUGAUUUAGCUUUUUGUAUAAUUAUG